AUGGCGAAAACACAGAAGCGCGAGCAUGCAGGUCAUGCUCAUGGUCACGGCCACAGUCACGGGCACGACAAUACAUAUCUCACAUCGUCGAACAAGAAUGAUGCCGGCGUCAAAAUCACAAGGAUUGGUCUCUUCGUCAACCUGGGUAUGGCUAUCGGCAAGGGCGUCGGAGGCUACGUCUUUCACUCGCAGGCGCUGAUCGCCGACGGCUUCCAUGCCCUGACUGAUCUGGUCUCGGACUUCAUGACUCUGGCCACAAUUUCAUGGUCACUACGUCCACCGACAGAACGCUUCCCUACUGGCUACGGCAAGAUUGAAAGCUUAGGCGCAUUGGGCGUCAGUGGGCUGCUGCUGUUUGGUGGAAUUGGCAUGGGCUUGAAUGGCAUCGAUACACUGUAUAUGCAACUUUUCGCCGAUCAUGCGCACGACGCCCACGAGCACUCACACGGCCUCUUCAGCUUUCUGGGACAUAACCACAGCCAUGGAGGUGGUCCACCCAGUCUGAAUGCGGCCUGGCUGGCUGCGGGCUCAAUUGUGGUCAAGGAGUGGCUGUACAGAGCAACCAUCAAGAUAGCCAGAGAGCGCAAGUCUUCCGUCCUAGCCUCGAACGCCGUACACCACCGCAUCGACUCCCUGACCAGCAUCGUCGCCCUACUCACCAUCGGAGGCGCUCACGUCAUAUCCGAUGCAUCGUGGCUCGACCCUGUCGGUGGCAUUAUCAUUGCUGCUAUGGUCAUAAGAGCUGGUUGGGGAAACACAAAGUCUGCAUUGCUCGAGCUAGGCGACGUCACGAUCGAUGAAGAAGUAAAGGAGAAGGUACAAAGAGUUUCGAACAGAGCCCUGAAAGGCAAUAGUACCACAAAGAUCGCUGGCGUCGAGAACGGCUCAGAGAUCGAGGUUCGCGACGUGCAGGGUAUCAAGUCUGGCCAAAAUUACCUGAUCGAUAUCGAGCUGGUUGCUCCGAAUACGUUCACGCUUCAGCAGCUCAGCGCUAUCGAAGAGGCAGUUCGCAACAGAGUCGGCCUCAAGGUCCGCGGUGCUCGUCGCGUUCGUGUCAAGUUCGUCUCCUCUGAAGAUUCCAGCAGCAAUUUGACUACCGACUUCAUCCCGGCAGACAUCAGUCCUCGAAGCAGUCCUGAACCAGAAGCGGAAGACGAGCAUAAUCACAGUCAUGUGCACAGUAAUGGCCAUGCUCAUACUCAUCAACACGAGCAAAAGAAAGACAGGUGA